CUUAGAGUAAAAAGUAUGUGGGAUUUUUGUUAUUAUUAUUUACUUUAGACAUGACUGUCGUAGGCAGAGCCAGGAUUUGAAACUUUUGGGUUGUGGAUUCUAAUGUUUUUGAGUUACUGAGUUCUAAAUUAAUAAUAUGUACACAUAUUCGAUGGAUGUUUAAGACAAAUAUAUAGUUUAAACCAAAGCUAGUGGGUUCGACUGAUCCUUUAGCUAACACUCUCCCUCCGCCCCUGAUGACUGUCAAAUACUUGAGCGAAGUUGGAAAUUCCAUCCGUUACUACUUUUGGUAUUGAGACGUAAUUGAUUGAUAUGACUGUCAAACAUUCAGGCGAAAGUGAGAUUGUUUGAUCCGUUACUAAUUUGAAAUUGAGGUUUUGAUUGAUUGAUUGAUAUGACGUAAAGCGCUUAGCGUAGGGAUCAACUUCUGGUGUUAAGAGUAAGAGGAUGGUUUUGACUUCGACUAUUUUUUAGUCCGAGUUGUAUUAUGGAUUUUGUUAGACGAGUAUUGUAAAAAUUAGUUGUGAGACUGUUAAAUUAUUAAAAAUACACAAAUACUUUUAGAAAGGCCGGUGUUGAUAAUUUUAGUGCUAUGAAGUGUAGAGGCAAAAUCUUCAGUUACCAGUUUCAAAAAAAAAAAAAAAAGUGUAAAGGCAAUAUGUCUAGUCUUAGUCACCUUGGUAACCUGCCCAUGUGACUGUUGGACUGAGUUAAGUGGUAAUAAUUUAUUGCUUAUUUAAUGACCCUGAGAUAAAGCCAGCAUGAACCAAAUUAGGACCGAUUUCUUUUGCUUGUUUUAUUUGGUUGAAGUCCAAAGUCAUGAAGUUGGUAGUGAAGCGAAUAAAUUUUUAUUAAAUUUUACGCUAAUUGUUGCAAAGGAAAUCGUGAAUCUCCUCGUGUUCUGCAUUUCAACUUUUUUUUUUUUUUUUUUUUAAAAUUCCUAUUGUUCUUUCACUUGAUUGUGUAAUUCAUAAUGAAUGAGUGGGAGAUCAGUUCUAUUGAAAUAAACGGAUUCAAGACCCAGUUUUUGAAGAAUUUUGUCCAUGCAUGGAUGUCAAGGUCUGCCUGUUUCUUGUCAUACUCGGUGUUGUGUGUUGUACUGCUAGAGAAUUAGCAGCCCCUGACCUCCUUAUUAAAGAAAAAACUGAGGAUGUUUCAGGUAACGUACAGGCACAGAGACAACUUCAGCCUCUGAAAGAUGCCAGCGGUAGUAAAGGAUUAUGCACAUUGUGUGAAGAAUAUACUGCUACUGCACUUGGUUACCUUGCUAAUAACAAGACCCAGGCAAAGAUACUUGGCCUACUUCUCCAGACCUGUUCGCAGAUGCCAAUAUACAAGCACGAGUGCACUGCCCUGGUGGAUCAAUAUGUUCCUCUCUUCUUCUUAGAGAUCUCCACUAUAAAACCUGACGACGUUUGCCAAAAGGCUGACCUUUGUCAGAAAGUGGUUUCCAUCUCUCAACAGUUCUCCCAGAAUGGCUGUGACUUAUGCCAUCAAAUGGUUAGAGAGACACUAUCGAAAUUGAAAGAUCCCGACACUCAGUGCACUGCCCUGGUGGAUCAAUAUGUUCCUCUCUUCUUCUUAGAGAUCUCCACUAUAAAACCUGACGACGUUUGCCAAAAGGCUGACCUUUGUCAGAAAGUGGUUUCCAUCUCUCAACAGUUCUCCCAGAAUGGCUGUGACUUAUGCCAUCAAAUGGUUAGAGAGACACUAUCGAAAUUGAAAGAUCCCGACACUCAGUUAGACAUACUUGAGUUGCUCCUGAAGGCAUGUGGAUCUGUUGAAAAAUAUGCUAAUAAGUGCAAGAAAAUGGUCUUUGAGUAUGCACCGGUGAUCCUCAUUAAUGCGGAACAUUUUCUUGAGAAAAAUGAUGUAUGCACUAUUCUGCAUGCUUGUGAGCCUGUUGUUGGUAAAGAGGAAGCAUUACCAGAGAUGCAAACUUCAUUGUAUUCUGCCUCUUAAGGAAGACAAGUUGUCGAGACUAGCUUGGGAUUAUUUGUAUGUAAACAAACAAUUGGAUACCAUCUUUCAGUUUGUGCCUUGUUUGUGUAUAAUGUGUAAAUUGAAGUGCAAACUUCAUCUCUUGUUUAUAUACAAAGAUGUUUGUGGGAAAAGCUCAGUUUAAUAAAAAGUGACAUUGUUGUUCUUGA